AUGACCACAGAUGCAGAGGGUCAAACGCAGGUGGAACUCCUAGCAGCCAAAUCGAAGGUUGCACCGUUAAAGAGUCAAUCUAUCCCGCGACUCGAAUUGUGUGGAGCCUUAUUACUAUCAUCGCUCAUUAAUACUAUUCAUAAAGCAUUACACAUACACAUCGACCGCACGAUUUUAUGGACAGAUUCAACAAUAGUUUUGCAUUGGCUUAAUUCGUCACCUCAUACAUUAAAAACAUUCGUCGCCAACCGGGUGUCCGAGAUCCAGUCCAAAACAAAGAUCAAAGAAUGGCGCUACGUUAGCUCAGCUGAUAACCCAGCAGAUCUCAUUUCUCGAGGACAACCAAUAGAGGAGUUCCUUCGACCAUCCAUCUGGUGCAAUGGCCCAACUUGGCUUCACCAGGAUGAGUCAUACUGGCCAAAUGGAAAAUUAGCACCUGUUCUCGAUGACUCGGAGCAACGGGUUGCUGUCUGCCUAGCUAUGACCACCAUCGACGCAAGUUUGCUCGAACGGUUCUCGUCGUGGAGCAGGCUUUUGAAGCCGUUGUUGACCAGUGAAGCCUUUGUUGCAGCUUUGGGACGAUUCAUAGCAAGANACUCGGAGCAACGGGUUGCUGUCUGCCUAGCUAUGACCACCAUCGACGCAAGUUUACUCGAACGGUUCUCGUCGUGGAGCAGGCUUUUGCGGGUCGUUGCAUGGUGCCUACGGUGGAAGCCAGGACGGAUGACGAAGGGUACUCUACAGGCAACCGAGCUAGCUCGAGCAAGGACAACUGUUAUAAAAUUAUUGCAACGAUCUUACUUCGCAGACGAAUUCCAUCUCAUACGACAGCAUCGGCAUCAUAAGAUCACCGGAAAAUUAGCGAGACUACAUCCAUUCAUUGACCAAGACGGAAUACUACGAGUCGGAGGUAGACUGAGAAAUUCAACGUUGACAUUCACCCAAAAACACCCUAUUAUCCUACCUAAGUCGCACACAACCAACCUCAUCAUCCAGAACGAACACAUAAUUCACAUGCACGCCGGUACUCAAGCUACAUUAUAUGCAACAAGAAGAGCGUACUGGCCCAUAGACGGGCGAAGUCAAGUUUGGAAAACGAUUCGGAGUUGCGUCCGCUGUUGUCGAGCCAAUCCACCUCAUGCCAAUUACGUAAUGGGUGAUUUAUCAAAGGCCAAAGUCACAGAAUCUCGUCCGUUUACAAAUGUAGGAGUAGACUACU